AUGGUGUCGCGGGUCGGUGGAGGCUGGCCAGUGGUGAGGCGGUCGGUGGAGUGGCUAGCCGGUGGUGUGGCUGGUGGGUGGAGUAGCUGGUCGGUGGUGUGGCUGAACCCCACAGAAUCCCCACAUAGCCCCCAGAGCCCUACAGAACCCCACAGCCCCAAGAGCACCACAGACCCCACACAACCCCAGAGCCCCACAGAAUCCCCACAUAACCCCAGAGCCCACAGAAUCCCCACAGCCCCAGAGCCCUACAGAAUCCCCAUAACCCCAGAGUUCACACAGAACCCCACACAGCCCCCAGGCCCAGAAUCCCCACAACAACCCCAGAGCCCUCACAGAACCCCACACAGCCCCCAGAGCCUACAGAACUGCAACAUAACCCCCGUACCCCACACAGAAUCCCCACAUAGCCCCAAGAGCACCACAAAAUUCCCACAUAACCCCAGAGCCCUACAGAAUCCCACACAAACCCCCAGAGGCCCACAGAAUCCCCACACAGCCCCCAGAGCCCUACAGAAUCCCCACACAACCCCCAGAGCCCUGCAGAAUCCCCCACACAGCCCCCAGAGCCCACAGGAUCCCCACAUAACCCCAGAACCCUACAGAAUCCCCACAUAG